AUGGGUGGUCGCGACGGUGUUUCCUGGCUGUGGGAUUUCCAUGUAGCAGCGUCGGCGUUGCUGGAUUGUCCAGAAGCGAUGCAAGAGGCUUUUGAGUUGCUGGAGCUUUUAGGUGGUCUUGGUCCUGUCGACGGCGUUGAAGAUGUGAUCAAAUGGUGGCCCAAUUCUGACGGUACGUUUUCGGUGAAAAGUUGCACUCCGUUGUUUAGAGAACGUCUUUUAGAUGUGGGGGUAGAACCAAAUAAUUUAUCUGCAAUUAAUCUCUUCUGGCGCUCGGGUGUUCCAUCAAAAAUAAAGAUUUUUGGUUGGAGGUUGAUGUUAAAUAGGCUUCCAUCAAAAGACCAAUUGAGCAAAAGAAAUAUUAUUCAUAGAGAUGAAGAUAAAGUGUGUGUGUUGUGUGUCUCUGUGCUGGAAAAUUUAGAACAUUUGUUCUUCUUUUGUGAUUUCUCCAAAAAGGUGUGGGAGAAUAUUCUUAUAUGGAUGGAGGUGAAAUUAGUUGGGAAUGUGGCAGGGGCUGAACAUAUUCUGCAGUGUACCCAGGCAGUGUAUGGCAAAACCAGAAAGAAGAAUUUGUGCAUCAUUUGGCUUGCUACGGUGUGGAUGUUAUGGAACACAAGAAACAACUUCAUCUUCAACAACACUAGCCUUGUUUUAGAUGACGUUAUUGUUAGUAUUAAACUAGUUUCUUGGAUUUGGCAUUCUAUCGGUGCGAAAAAAGGCGGAGUGCUGUCCUUUUAUUUUUGGUUAAAGGCUCCUUUGGAGGCUCAUAAGAAUUGUUAA